GAUUUUCAUGCCAUCUAGGUUAAUAAACCCAAACUUUUGAGGAUUGUUUAUUGUUGAACAACAAAAAAGUGUCAGUGUUGUUUUUUUUAUAAAAAAUUAAUUUAAUUAUAAACAAUAAGUUUAUUUGACAAUUAAAAAUGGAUAUUGGUGAAUUGUUGUCAUACAAACCUUCAAAUACUCCAAAACGUUCACUUCCUGGUGAUGAAGAUGACGAAGACGAAUGGGAAAAUACAAAACGUAUGAAAAAUGUAAUAAAAACUCCAUAUCAUGCACGUCAAAGAUAUCCAUCACAUCAACCAGAUGGUACACCAGCAAGAAAUGCAAAUGAAAUAAUAACUGAUAAAAAAAAUAACAAACCAGCAACAAAUGAAGUUAUUGAGCCAGAAUUAACUGAUAAAGAAAAAGAAGAAAUAUUAAAAUAUGUUGAAACUGAGGCUGCUGAAGUUGAACCACUUGAUGAUGCCAGUUUAAAAAGAAUGAUAUUAUUAUUUGAAAAACGUGCAUUGAGAAAUCAAGAAAUGAGAGUUAAAUUUCCAGAUCAACCAGAAAAAUUUAUGGAAUCAGAGGUGGAGCUACAUGAGGCACUUCAAGAACUUCAUGUUGUUGCAACAAAUCCAGAGUUAUAUCCAACUGUUGUUGAACUUGGUGCAAUACCAUCACUUCUUGAUUUAUUAUCACAUGAAAAUUCUGAUAUUGCUGUUGGUAUUGUUGAUCUUAUACAAGAGCUAACAGAUGUUGAUAUACUUAAUGAGAGUGAAGAUGGUGCUGAUGCACUUAUUGAUGCUCUAUUGGAACAACAAAUUUGUGCAUUAUUGGUACAAAAUCUUGAUAGGCUUGAUGAGUCUGUCAAAGAAGAAAGUGAUGGUGUUUUUAAUACACUUGCUAUAUUUGAAAAUUUACUGGAAUUUAGACCAGAGCUUUGUGUUGAUGCUGGAAAACAGGGACUUUUACAGUGGUUAUUGCGUAGAUUGAAAGCUAAAAUACCAUUUGAUGCUAAUAAAUUAUAUGCCAGUGAAUUAUUAUCAAUUUUACUACAACAAACACAAGAAAAUAAACUACUUCUUGGUGAUAUUGAUGGCAUUGAUGUUCUUCUUCAACAAUUAUCUCAUUACAAGAGACAUGAUCCACAAUCAGCUGAAGAACAAGAAAUGAUGGAAAAUCUUUUUAAUGUAUUGAUAUCAAGUUUAAUUGUACCAGUUAACAGAGAAAAAUUUUUAAAAGGAGAAGGCUUGCAGCUGAUGAAUUUAAUGCUUCGUGAAAAAAAAAUGUCUAGAAAUGGAUCACUAAAAGUAUUGGAUCAUGCUAUGAAUGGUCCAGAUGGAAAAGACAAUUGUAUGAAAUUUGUUGAUAUUCUUGGCUUGAGAACAAUAUUCCCUUUGUUCAUGAAAACACCAUCAAAAAAUCGUAAAAAAGUAUUUACAACUGAUGAACAUGAAGAGCAUGUUGUGUCAAUUGUUGCUAGUAUGUUGAGAAAUUGUAAAGGUCAACAACGUCAACGUUUAUUGAGUAAAUUUACUGAAAAUGAUUAUGAAAAAGUUGAUAGAUUAAUGGAGUUACAUUUUAAAUAUCUUGAAAAAGUUGAACAAGUUGAAAGUAAUACCAAGGAAGAUGAAGAAGAAGAAGAAUCAUAUUUAAAAAGACUUGAUGGUGGAUUAUUUACAUUACAAUUGGUUGAUUUUAUUCUUCUUGAAGCUUGUGCUGGUUGUCCACCAGCUGUUAAACAGAGAGUCACCAGGAUACUUUCACAAAGAAGAGCUUCAUUAAAAACUAUUCGUCAUAUUAUGAGAGAAUACGCUGGUAAUUUGGGAGAUGCUGGUGAUUCAGAAUGGCGAGAGGCUGAACAACAACACAUACUUCAAUUAAUUGAUAAAUUUUAAUUAAAAAAAAUAGUUUUGAAUUUACUUUUUAUUUCUUUAAAUUAAUCAUGAUUAAAUGUUAAAUUAAAAUUUUUUUUUUUUCACACAAGGUGUUUAAAAAAAUACAUAUUAUUGAAAACAUUAUUAACAGCUUCAACAACAAUAUAAUUAUUAAUAAAAUUUAACAAAAAAAAUUUUAAAAA